AUGAAUUCAUUCACAGAUGUUUUCAACGAAUUUUCCCAAUAACAUAAUCAAUAAUUCAAAUUGAGAGAUUUAUUAGCAUUCCUGGAUUCAAAAUGUUAGAAUGGAUAUUUUGAUCGUGAUGUAUUUCAAUAGUUAAUUGAUUAAAUACCAGGAGCUUAAUCACAAUAGCAGUGUACAAUUAACUAACUGAUUUAUGUGAUGAAGAAAGCUUAUGAAGUCUUAAACGAUAAGAUAAAUAAAGGCUAACAAAUUAUAGAUCAAAGAAAUAUGUAAAUUUUAGAUUUGAAUUUUCAAAAGCGAACUUAGAGCUUAUCAAGACAAAUUGAGAUAAUCUCAAACUAACAGUCUCACUAAUACCAAUAAAUUAAAUAUAGAAAUUCUUGAUGCUGACAUUUUUUAUCAAGGGAGUGGAUAAUUGUAAGUUAGCGUAGAAUGCAUGACAACCGUAGUAUAUACCUGUAAUUAUUUAAUAAAUAAAUUAUUAGAAUUAUCCAGUAGAUAAAAACCUUAAUGGAAUGAAUCCUUUGAAUUGUAUUUAAUCGAAAAUAUUUAGCAACGCAAAUGAAUCUGCAAUCUUAAAAUUCAUCUUAUUAGAUACUGAAUUACUACAAAAAAGAGGUCUAGGAGGAGUUGCCAACCUUGACAUUAAUACAUUUAAUGAUUAAAUGCUUCAUGACAUCCAUGUCAAUCUUACAGAUGAAAGUAACUCUGUUAUUAGAGCUAAACUGCAUAUUAAAGUUUAGUGGAUUCAUUCAAAAGUACUAAUUCUUAAUAAAAAUCUAGAAUAAAUAUUUAAUUGAUUUAAUCAAUGAGAAUACAGUCCAAAUUAAUCUAUUAGAGUAGGAAUUGAAUGAUCAUGUUAUAGAUUUGGAAAUUAUUGCCUAACCUUUUAGAUAGGAAUUAAAAGUUCCUAAUGUAGGUGUUUCAACCUAUUAAUCAUAACCAAAUUAAUAAUAAUAGUUACUAUAUCAAUCUUAAAAUGGAGCUUAAUCCAUUGAUGAAAGAUAAAUAGAUAGGCUUGUAUAAAUCUCUUUGUUAUUAACGAUUCUCUAUUUAAUAAUUGGAUUACUUAAUAGUAUCUACCGAACUAUCUAUCUGGAUGUAAGUUUUAGAUUUAUAAAAGUACAUUGUAAUAUUUUACUGCUUUCUAUUCUAUUAAAAAAACUAUAGAUUGCAAUCUUUACUGCAUAUUAAAAUAAUAAUGGCUAUGCUAAUUGUCGCCUUGAUUCAAGACAUAGUCUGGUUGGCUAUUUAUAGCACUGUAUUUAUUUGAUUCAAAAUUAGCCUUAUUUAGGAGAAUUUAAUCCAAAUUUUGAUCAUUUGGAAUAUGGGAUAUAAAAGUAUUAGGUGAUACUAAGUGGGCUGCUUUUAUUAUGCAAAGUAUUUAUUUAAAUAAAACUCAGAUUCUUGUAUUAAUAUUUUAUGUUCAUAUAUACUCUACAUACCCGGACAAACAAACAUAAAUUUAUGAUCAAUAAUGGUAAUCAAUUUUUGGAUUGAAACAAGUUAGAGAAAUCAAUGUUUAUCGAAAUUAUUAUUGA